CUUGGAUUAGUUACCAGUGCUAGUAGUUAACUAAUAUUACCGCGUGUGUGACCACUUAAAUUAGUUGCCAGUGCUAGUAGUUAAUUUUUAUAUUACUCUGCACGUUACACACUUGGAUUAAAUAAUGAAGAGAAUACAUUUACCUGUGCAGUACAAUCUCUGUUUCUGAUGUACAAAAUGAAACGAAAGAGGAAGAAAACGGAACAGUCAAACUAAAUUAAUAUAUGUUGAGAGAACAAUUAUAUAGCGGUAAAUAGACUCUAACAAAAUGGCGUCAGGUGGCGGAAGUACUCGAGGAAGACUUCCAGAUGAACAAUAUAACAAGAUUCAAGAUAAUUUCACAUAUCUUAUCGGUGAGAUAAAACAUGAUCCAAUGGGUGUAGCAGAUUCUUUAUUUGAAAAACAUGCCUUCAAUGAGGAUGAUAAGGAGAAAAUAGAAAAGGCAGAGAAGGAUAGUAGACAAGCCGCCGCAAGGAAAAUACUGGAUAUUAUUUUGGGGUGUGGUCACACUGGUUAUGAUAAAUUUAUAGCUGCUCUAUAUGACAAGCAAUAUUAUAAUGCUGUAUUUAAACUCGAACCAGGUUAUAAAGGUCACCGAGAUGACAAGCCAGGUAAUACUACACAUGACGGAUUAUUGCCAGGGUUCCGGGUACGUCUAGAAUUGAUAUUGCUAUAUUAUUCCUGAAAUCUUCCCCUCAUCGGUUGUAUACCAAACCCUGUACUGUUCUACAUCAAAUUGAAUAUCAACAAGACAUAUAAAUCACAUCAAAUUGAUUAGGGUCGUGUUGCACUAGAACGAUUUGUGGUCGAGAUUGUGGUAAAUGGUUUUGUUACUAGAUCAUAUCUGUGUUUUGUGCGAGAUAGGUGUUCUUAGAAUAGAUGACAAAUAAUAAAAUUCAAGAAUAGGGGGGAAAGUCAAAAUCCAAUAUAGUUAGGAAUUAUGACUUCAAAAUUAUCAACAAAAAACCCACAAAUAACAAGCAAAUAAAAGACGUAUUCAAAGAAUAAUUUCCUUCUGUCUACGUCGGCUGUAAGCCUUUUUUAUACGCCCACCAGAUACUCAAGUUAUUUUUUAAUUGUCUGAUGAUAACUGGAACAGCUAAAUUGAUCAUCUGAUUACCAGUGCUGGUUUAAAUAUAAAUGUUGAUGUUGAUCAUUACCUGCAAACGAAUAAAAUCCGCGAUAACGUUUUUGGACUUGUCAUAUGACGUAGGUCCUGUAAUCGUAUGUUUCAUUGCAUGGCAACCAAUGUUUUCAACACAUGAUGCCACUACACAUUUGCAUUUAAUUGAUGCUGGUACAUUUCGCCGUGCUUUACCUCCCCAAACAGCAUCUGGAAUUAGUAUGAUUGAUUUAUAUUAACAGGACAGCUUUGAUAUAUUACUGAAAUCUAGAUUUGACAAAUUCUGUAAAGACCACAGUGAUUUAUUAGGUAAAAGGAGUAUAGACAGUCACAAAUUGAGGACAAUGAAAGGUGAAGCACUGGAAAAUCUUAACUAUGUGAAAGAUAAAAAAUAUGUUGAGACCCGUGCCCUUUAUGAAGGUUUGAAGAUACUGAAGAAUCAUCAAAUCCUAGGAAUAGUAGGGGCGGCUGGUGAUGGUAAAACUGUGCUAUCAAUGAUGAUAGCCAAACAAUUCAUUGAAGAACGUCCGGAAUAUAAACCAUUGUUGAUUAAUGAUUUGGAUGAUUUAAAAGAAGUGAGCUUUGAAGAUGAUAAGUAUCUUUAUAUCAUCGAUGACAUGUAUGGUAAAUAUAAUAAAUUACAGGCACGUAUUGAUAAAUGGCCUGCUCAUUUUCGCACUCUUCGGGUUAAUAAAGAAAGGGGCAAAUUAGUUAUUAUUUAUGUAAUGAGAGAUUAUAUUUACCUUUCUUCUAAAUAUCAAUUAGACAAAUAUGAUUUAUUUGUGGAACAUGUUGAAAAAACAAAUAAAAUAUUUCUUCAUAAAGGCGAAUUCUCUUUAAACACUAAAGAAAAGGGACAAUUUUUAGAUUUUUAUGAAAUAUCAUCUAAUAAGAUAAUUUCCAAAAUUACUGACUGUUUCGGUUUUCCAUCGAUUGCCAGUUUGUGUAGCAAAUUAACGACUGAUAAAUUACCGGCGAUUUUUGAUAGUUCGCAUGAAUUUCUUAUUUUAGAAUUAGAAACGUUUUGGAACGAAAAUAAAUAUAUAUAUGCUACACUAGCACUAGUAUUUUGUUUACAUACUGUUUCAGAGAAAGACCUUAAACAAAAUUGUCCCGCGAGAGUUAAGUCUCUUAUUUCGACCGUCACUAAAGAAAUAUGCCCAGAAUUUAAAUUGAAUGGCGCUAAGCGUAAUCUCAAUGAACUUUCAGAUACAUUCCUCAAACAUUAUAUGAACAUAUUUUCAUUGCGAGACUUUGUUGGGGUGCCAUUUUUACACCACCUUUCCGUUGAAUGCAUGGAAAUGGCUUUACAAUACUGUUCUUUUGAGCUUUUGAUAUGA